AUGUGGAAUGCGAUCUGUGGCUCCUCGUCUGGGAACAACGAUGACCAUGGCUCAUCAGACAGCCAGAACCAGCUGGACGAAGACAGCGACGAGGCGUACGACGACGAAGGGGAUUGGGAGGAUGUUGACGAUAACGAUAAUGAUGACGACAAGGAAGAUGAAUUGAACGACGAGAUGGUUUCUGUUUGGGAUUAACAGGUGGUGGGUGGUGCCUCGCAGUUUUUUCCUUGGUACCUAAAUUGGGGCAAUGAUGCGGCCUU